CAACAACAACAGUGACAAAACGAAGUGAAGAGAAGCGAAGAGAAAAGCAGAAGAGAAGAGACAAAAGUGAAACAGAAAAUCAGUAACGUAGAAAAGUGACAGUGAAUAAUGUUGAGAGCGCCCACACAGCACAUCGUGGAACUCGGCUUCGGAACGAAAACACCAACAACGACAGCAACAGCAGCUGCCACAGCAGCAGCAGCAGCAGCAGCCAGUGGAAAGCAACAGCAGCAGCAUCGCAGUAAGACAUCUUUGUUGCAAAAGCUUCGGCAGCAGCAGCAAAAGCUUCAACGGCAGUUGACAUCGCCACACGGAGAGGCUGAGGCAGAAGCUGAAGCAGCAGCAGAAUAUUAUUUUCAGCAGCAGCAACAGCAACAGGCGCCGCCUUCGCCACAUUCGAGCGACAAGUGUCUAUUGUUGCUGGCGGCGACAAUUGCGGGCGGAGAGGCGACAUUGCCGCUGAAAACCAAGAAGAAGAAGGAGUCCUGCAGCUACAAUCUAGCAGCAGCCCUGAGGCGCCACAAGAAGCCAAAGACACAGCAGCAGCAGCAGCAGACCUCAACAGACGACGACGACAGUUGUCGCAGCAUCAGCAGUGGCAGCAGUCUCUCAAACAGUUGCAUUAACCAUCAUAACAACACGCCUUAUCGGGACACAAGUGGCAACAACAACAACUACCUAAGUAAUUAUAAUUGCAAAACCAACGAACAGCAAACAACAGCGUCGUGGAAAGCAACAACGCAACAGCAACAGCUGCUCAUUAACAGGGUAGGAAACAGCAACAGCAGCAGCAGUGGCCCCACAUCGAUCAUGUCACCCACAUCGCAGGCGCCCACCCGAACCUCGCUCUUCGAUUCCUGUCAUCGCAAGAUUCGCCUAAUAGGCGGCGGUCCAGUGGCCUUUCUCGGCGGCCUCGUUGCCAAGGCCCGUCGCAAGGAACGCGAUGGCGAUCAAAAUUCAACAGACACCAAACUGUAUUUGGAGGAGAGUGUCCUAGAACGUAAAUUACCUGAAGCUGAUCUCAAAGCCUUGGUGGAUCUACCCGCAGGCUUGGACUACAAUGAAUGGUUGGCGUCACACACUCUGGCUCUCUUCGAGCAUGUAAAUCUGGUAUACGGAACUAUUAGUGAAUUUUGUACACAAUCCGGCUGCGCAGACAUGACUGGACCUGGCAACAGAACGUACUUAUGGUUCGACGAGAAGGGCAAGAAGACGCGCGUGGCGGCGCCCCAGUACAUCGACUACGUGAUGACAUUCACGCAGAAGACGGUCAGCGAUGAGUCGAUAUUCCCAACCAAAUACGCGAACGAGUUCCCCGGCUCGUUCGAGUCGAUCGCGCGGAAGAUCCUACGCUUGCAAUUCCAUGUGAUAGCGCAUCUGUAUGCGGCGCAUUUCCGAGAAAUCGCGCUGCUCGGCUUGCACACCCAUCUAAAUCUGACCUUUGCGCACCUCACCGCCCUGCAUCGGCGCUUCAAUCUGAUCGACGAGAAGGAGACGGAUGUGCUGCGCGAUCUGGAGGUGGCACUGCGCCUCACCGACGACAGCGGCCAGGAUUCGUCCUCGUCGGUGCACGAGCACUCCUCCUCCUCGUCCUCGCCGCCAGUCGUCGCUGCCGUAGCCUCUGGCUGCGAGCAGCAGCAGCAGCAGCAGCAUCAGCAGCAGCAGCACAACAAUAGCAGCAGCACCAGCAACAGCAACUCUUCCGCGGAGGCGCUGCACGUCAAUUCACAAAGCAACACUAACAGCCACACCACAUCCGCCUCAGCCUCGGCGUCGGCGUCAGCCUCCCUCAUCGACGGGGACUCUGCGGCGCCGCCCAUCUGCACCCAGCCGGAGGCGGGAGCGGGCUGCAAGCCGGCCGGCAGCAGUGGCCUGCUGGGUGGCAUACUGGGCGACCUGACCAGCGGCGAAUUCGGUGAUACUACGCGGUACUGCACCUCGGCGGUUCCCCAGGCGGCGGCGUCGUCGUCUGCGGCGGGACCAGCAGCGGACGGCACCUCCUCAGCGGCCCUGAACAAUGGCGCGGGCGCACUACAUUUAAACUUUAGCAACAAUAAUAACAAUAACCACAAUCUGAACCAUCACCACCACCAGCACCACCAUCACCAGCACCAUCACCAUGGGCACCAUGGCCACGGGCAUCAUCAGGCGCCGGCGUCCACGACUGUGCCGCACAGUGGCCUCAUCCAGUGCAAUGCGGCGGGAGCUGGCGGUGGCAAUGCAGCAAGUGCCGCACCCGGGGGCGCCACAUCCGCAUCCUCAACGGCAUAGGCAGCAGCAAAACAGCACCAGCGGCAGCAGCAGCAGCCACAAAAACAACAAAAACAACAACAAAAAACAUUAGAAAUACUAGAAUUACGCAAAAAUGUUAUUUAAUGUUACUUCUAUGAUCCUAAAGUUGAAAAUAUUGUAAAAAUAAUAAAAAAAAAACAAGAAAAAAAAGAAAAGAUAAAACGUAAAUGCAAAUGCAAAGAAAGAGCCACAAUAGAGAGAAAGAGAAAGAGAGAGAUGAAUAUUGUGAGACAUUAUUAUGAAGCCGCAAAGUGUUGGCUGGCAUCCGUAGUUCCGUAAGCCGGGUAGCACGUUUAUCUAGAUAUGUACGAUACCUUAACUGUAUAGAGAGCUGCAAGCAAAGCAAAGCAAAGCAUAGUGUUUGAGAGAGUUGUCGCAGUUGAAGGCAGCCGCCUACUCGCUUCUGCUUCUGUUAGUAUUUUAGCGCGUCAUCCUACUACUUCGAGUCGCAAAAACCAGAGGCCUACAAGGCAGCCCAAAAAGAAAAACCAAGAAACAAAUUUCAAACGAGAGUCCAAUGGAAAAUGUAAAAAAAAAACACAAAGAAAAAAAUUCAAAAUUUUCCUAUUUCCAAAAUGUUCGCCCCUUAAGAUAACUGUUGGCAAAGGAAAGGAUUUUACAAGCAUAACAUAUGCCCCCAUCAAUACAUAUAUUGAAUUUUAAAAAUACAAAUAGGCUCUCCUCCCCCACAGAUCCCGCAACAGCCCAACCCAAGUAUUUAACCAAAUGUUUUAGAAUGUUUAAGUAUGCGUUAAAAAAUUGUUUUGAGAAAUUCGUUUCGUUAGAGAACUGAAUUUGCAUUGUGUGAUAGAGUAGUUGCACACUACUCGUGGCAAAUAGAAAUUGUAAUAUGUAUGUAUGUAUGUACUUUCUGUCUUAUUUGUUUGAUCGAUUUUGAUCGAAUUUUCGCUACAAAUUUCCUACAUAAAAAUACUAAUGCGACGAACGAUGCGAACAUUUCAAUUUGUACUUUAAACGACUUUACGGCUGAUCGAGAUCGG